AAUAAUUACCCCUAAAAAAAUACUUAUAUAUUCUCAAUAAAAUAAUUAAAAUCAAAUCUAAAAGCCUCAUUCCAGUUUUUUUUUAAAUUUUUUUUCAAUGCGAAUUUUAUUAUCCUAUUGGACAGUAGAUUUAGGAAGAGGACUAAUAAGGGAGAACGACAAACUCCUCAUUCAAAUUAUAUUCCCGCAUUUUUAUAGGGAUAUAAUAGUGAUUGUACUUGGUAAUAUUUUAGGGGUACACUCUAUGCUACGCGAGGCACCGUACCCUCAACUCCUUAUAUUAGUAUAUACGACGCGGUUUUCCUAAAUCGUAAUAAUAAUAGUAUAAUACCCCACCGCGGCGAACCCAGUCCCUGUUCCACCUACAUAUAAAAAUCGCAUCGACGAGUCAUCAUCAUAAACGCACUCUAAACACCAUACCCUCACGAACAAGGAAACCUUCGUUCCCCGCAAACCCUAGCACUCCCCAAAUCCAAUCCAAUCCAAUCCAAUCCAAUUCGAGAUCGAGAUCGAGAUCGAGAGAGAGAGAGAGAGAGAGAGAAUUAAUGGAAACGCACCUCGUAUAUCUCCCGGAUCCGGCCCCUCGCCCGAUCCUCGACGUCUUCGGCGCCGCCGAGCUCGCGGCGGCGGCGCGGCUCGUCCAGCUCGGCGGCGGCGGAGACGCGGGGGAGGAGGAGCUCGGGAGCGCGCGGCGGCGGCGGAGGAGGACGCGGUACCGUUCGAUCUCCGAUCUCUACGCGGCGACGGAUGCGAUUGAGACCGGAGGGGGAGAUGGAUGGAGCCCUGACGAGGAGAACAAUGGCGUAGCGCGACGCGAGAAGCGGAGGAGGGAGGAAGAAGAGGAGGAUCGUGAAUGGAAAUAGAGAGAGAGAGAGAGAGAGAGAGAGAGAGAGGGUGUACGGAAUGGGUGUUUUGUAAUUAUGUGCGAUUUUCGUGGAUAUUGUGCGCAUUUUGGUUGUGACCACGCACCGUCGGUGAGACGGUGACUCUAGUUUGGAUUAAGAAAAUUGUGCGAAAAAACUAAACAACACCUUUGGU